AUGAACGGCGGCGGCGGCGGCGGCGGCGGAGAGGUGGGUUUAGUAGGGGGAGGGGAGGAGGCUAUGGAGGAGGACGGCGCGCAGGGGGCGGGGAGGGGGCAGGUGGUGCUGAUGUGGGGGUACCUCCCCGGCGUCUCGCCGCAGCGCUCGCCGAUGCUGGGCCCCGUGCCCGUCAGGCUGCCCCCGGCGGCGGCGGCCCAAGACGAGUGGAGGGACGUCUGCGGCGGAGGGUGCGGCUUCGCCAUGGCCAUCUCCGAGUCCGGAAAACUUCUCACCUGGGGCUCUACUGACGAUAUGGGCCAAAGUUAUGUGACUGCUGGGAAGCACGAGGAGACUCCAGAGGCUUUUCCUCUUCCUAGUGAUGUUGCGAUAGUGAGGGCUGACGCUGGGUGGGCUCACUGUGUUGCAAUAACAGAUGAAGGGGUUGUCUAUACAUGGGGUUGGAAAGAAUGUGUCCCAACUGGAAGGAUCGUCGCAGAACAAUCUUCAGCUGGAACUUUGGACAAGGAUGAAAGGCAGAGUUCAACUGCCAAUGACCAAGUGAGCCCCAGGUCACAGGUGUCUAGGACAAGCAGCGGAGCGGCAUCUGGUCCUUCUCAAAGUAGAGGUACCGAGGAUAGCACGAAGAGACGCCGGUUAUCUUCAGCAAAACAGGCACAAGACAGUUCGGCAUCUAAUGAUGAAAACCUUUCCGCACCACCUUGUAUUGUGACAUUUAAUACUGGAGUGAAAAUAGCGGCAGUAGCUGCUGGUGGUCGCCAUACAUUAGCACUAUCAGAUUUUGGUCAGGUAUGGGGAUGGGGAUAUGGAGGUGAAGGGCAACUGGGCUUGGGGUCCAGAAUCAGGACAGUUUCCUCUCCUCAUCCUAUACCGUGCAUUGAAUCGGCUUCGUAUGGCAAGGAUCGGCCAGCAGCUAUGAAAGGCAACAAAAACGCUGAAGGGCAUAUCACUAAGGUCAUGGGAAAUCGUGUGGAGUCCAUUGCUUGUGGAGGCCGUCAUAGCGUUGUGGUAACAGAUUCAGGAGCACUGCUUGCAUUUGGGUGGGGACUGUAUGGACAGUGUGGACAAGGGAAUACGGAUGAUGUUUUGAGUCCAACAUGUGUAUCAUCUAUUCUAGGAGUGAAGAUGCAAGAUGUUGCUGCAGGGUUAUGGCACACUGUAUGCAUAUCUGCAGAUGGCGGUGUCUAUUCCUUUGGAGGCAACCAGUUCGGGCAGCUAGGGAUUGGUUCUGAUCAGGCUGAGACUAUUCCAAAAUUGGUGGAAGCCCCAAGCUUGGAAGAUAAGAAUGCAAGAUCGGUCUCCUGUGGAGCUCGUCAUAGUGCGAUAAUAACAGAUGAAGGAGAGGUCUUUUGCUGGGGAUGGAACAAGUACGGCCAGCUGGGUCUCGGCGACGCCAUGGACAGAAAUGUGCCAUGCAUGGUUCCUGUGGAAGCCUAUCGCCCACUGAAUGUGUCGUGUGGUUGGUGGCACACAUUGGUGCUCGCGGAGUCUCCUACGUGAACCCUAACGAAGAAGGAACUGCCUGUAGAUGACAUUUUUGUUAGGAAUUUGGUAGACUCAUCCAGGUCUCUUGUACAUACAUGACGGUGCAUACAGAUAUAUGUGUAUCAAUUCUUUCCAGUGCACCAUUACAGCGUGCGUCGUGGACAGGUUUGUAUUCUGCUGGUCAAGAAGUAUUGCAUGUAUGCUUGCACUGUUGUUUAACUGUGUAUACAGUCGAGUAGGAUUUGCCACUCUU